ACAAGAACCUAUGACGGGAAAGUAGAUUCAACUGGAAGAUUGUGGAUCGGUACUAUGAGUGAUAAAGUUGCUAUGACUGAUAUGAAUAAAAUGGCAGUAAUCCCUAAACAAGGGUCGUUAUAUCGCAUUAAUGAUGACCUAAAACCCGAGAAGAAAAUAUCACCCGUUACAAUAAGUAACGGAUUGGCAUGGAAUAGACAACAUAGUCUCAUGUAUUAUAUUGAUACACUUACUCAGGUUGUAGCGUAUGAUUACAAUCCGAAUAAUGGGACAAUAUCUAACAAGAAAAUUGUAUUUGAUCUUAAUAGGACUAAUUUGAAAGGAUUACUCGAUGGAAUGACUAUAGAUACAAAUGGCAAUAUUUGGAUAACAUUAUUUGAUGGAUCUCGAGUAAUUGGCGUGAGACCGAAGACAGGAACUAUAUUAUGUAAAGUUGAGCUUCCAGUUGAAAACGUAAUCAGUGCCACGUUCGGCGGUCCACUUCUAGAUACUUUGUACGUGACUACAACUGGUUACACUUUAGAUAAAGAGCAAAACCCGAAUCCUCAAGCUGGUGCUGUAUUUGCAAUAAAAGGCCUAGAAGUGCGUGGAGUUCCAGACAAUAUGUUUAAAUUAGCGAAAUAUAUAAAACAUAAAAAAGAAAAAAAAAUUUGCAAACAGUGAAACGAAAAUAAUGGAUAACAAUGGACAAUAGAUAAGACGGUAAUUUCAAAUAUCCUCUUAAUGUCAGAGGUAAGUUAUACACAUACACAAAUUAUAUUUAUAAAACGUUCAAGUUUACUGAAGCUAAUUACAUAAGAUUGUACAUGUAGAAAAAAGUAUCGUCAUUAUCAAGUACAUAUGGUAGAAAAAUAAUAUUUCCUUAUGCAGAAAUGCUUUAGUAGAAUUAGUGAAAAAGCAAUGCGUUU